AUGGCUGCUGAACACAUGUGUGAAUUGGACAAACUAUGUCGAAUAUGUGGAUUUCUUCUCCCGAAAAAUAAGAACAAUACGUUCAAGGUCUCAAACCCUAAGGUCAGUAGAAGAAUGCAGGAACAUUUGUUCAGAAACAUUGAAAAAGACACUGAGGCGCUCCACCCAACCAAAAUCUGCAUGAAGUGCUAUUCUAGACUUGGACAAUUGGACUAUAGAAAAAGCACAAGUAACUUUGAGUUGUUUAAAUGGUCAGAGCAUACUGAGCAAAAUUGCAAUGUAUGUGAAAACGAAAUAAAACGAAAAAAAGGGGGAAAACCUAGAAAAAGGAUGUCCACAGGACGUUAUAGUGUCUCAAAUUCACACUGGACCAGAUAUGAGACAUCAGAAAUUAAUGAAAUGUUAGGUGAAACAGUCGUGUUGAUGAAGCAAAACUUCAAAGAAAAAUUCAAUGAUAACCUUUAUUUAUGCAUAUGCCAGUUAUGUGAAAGUUUAAUGCAGAAGCCUGUGCUUUUGACUAAAUGUCCCACAGCUUUUUUGCUUCAAAUGCUUUAUACCAACAGUGGCGGGUCGCCCUCCCGAGAGUACCAUAUGUCCCGUUUGCUCAACUUUGGUAAUUUGAAAAUUGAUUGCGAAAAAUGUGGUGAAGUUUUCAAACAUAAGGAAUAUUGCAAAGAAAAUCAUCUCAGCAUGUGUGUCGGGCAAAACUCGCCACUAUUGAGUGAUGUUUUUAAAAUAAACAAGGAAAAUGAUAUCCCGACAGAAUUUGAAUAA